ACAAUUGGUCUUCUGAUAAAGAAUGAAAACUGUGAUUUGUUCCGUUCUUCGCCUAUCUUUCUCAAACUUACUCUAUUUGUCAAAAUCAUUUUGAUAUUAUAUGCACGAUCUUUAAAAGCUAGAUAUUUUAUUCAGAAUUAAAUAAUUCAAUCGAAGCCAAUCAAGCGGACAAAAAACAACAAUCGAAAGGCGAAGUCACCCAUCGGCAUUCUUGAAAGGAAGAACAAAUGCAGUUAGAAAGCGUUACGAGGCUCUAUAUUGUUCCAUUUCGCUGAACCUAGCCUGAUCGUUUCGCGGAUUCGCGGCUGCUCCCCGCGAAUAGCCAUUUCACGCGAGCAGAUAUUCAAUCUGACAUGACACACAUGUUUCUUACUGCGUUCGUGCCACCAUCGGAUUGCACGCUGCGUAACUGUGCUAGAUUAUCAACAGGUCUGCGGAGAAAGUACCGCGAAUAAUUCAUCGGAUCAUGCGUGAUUGAUCGUUACAGGAGAAAAAUCGUUCGCGGUCUUCAAUGACGCGCGUGCACGCACAGGGAUAUUGAAAAUGAAAACGAAACGAUCGGACGGAAAGUGGUUUUCAUACAAGAUUUCUUGAUCGAAAAUUUUCUGAUGGAGGAUUCUUUGAUCGAAAAUUCUCUGAUUGAAAAUAACUCGAUCGAAGACUCGAUUUAACGAUGGAUCGUAAAAUAACGAAAUGGAGGUUUCAAACACGUUUAUACAUCAAAGACUGAGGAUCUAUUUCUUUCGCAACUUAUCAUGGACCUUCAUCAAAGGAAAAUGGCAACUAUUCGGCAUUUUACGGAUGUUGCACGCAGCAUGUAUUCGACGAUCUGAUUGUUAAUCAUAAGAAUACUUACAACGAACCAUGAGCCACAUGGGAGGAGUUGUUUUACGAUCCUCGGUUCGUAAAAACAAAGAAAUCUUCCCUGUGUUACAUAUGCUAUAUAUAACUUAAGUUUUCUAAAAAAAAAAAAAGAAGGACCAUUGAAUCGCGUCCGAAUUGAUUAAAGAUCGGUCAUCUGUAUUUUAGGAAGGUAGUAUCUAGAAAAUUACUUGAUUUUGCAUGCGGAGGUGCUAGCUUCUUUUUAUCCACAUUUGCAAAAGAAUGUAAGGGUUAAGGCAAAGGUUAAGAGCUAAAAGUUAAGUAACGUCGAGUGAACAAACGUUGCAAUUUUGCCAAUUUCGUCGCCAAACGAAAAUACCUAUCGUCGAGGAGCAAAGACCGUAGCGUGAUGUAGCCUCAGGAGGAGGAAGAGUGAACCGUCGAAAAAGCGAUGGCGAAGGAACGAAAGAACGAACGAAAGUGUGUCGUCCAUUCUGGCACGUAUUUCCUUUUCUAUGUUCAGAGGGGGGCAUCGUUGUUCGGGCCCCGACAAGCUGAAGAGCUUGAGGAGUGCUCGCGGCGCGUUGCCCCAUAGUGGGGGCAGCGACAUAAGUACGAGACGGCCUUAAGAAAAGCCUUCAUUCUGAUAGCAGAUCGCGAUUCACGGAGUCGGUGAACUUGUAAAACGCGGCCAAAAGUAGCCAGUGACCAAAGGUAGCGAUCGAGUGUGAAGACAAGAAAGACGAAAAUCGGGAAGAAAAAUUAAUAAAAAGAGAGGAGAAAAGGUUUGAUAGCGUCGAGGGGAAGCUUUCGAUCAGGAUAAAAGUUCGUUCGAUGCGCGAGACCGAUGAGAUCGCGACCGCGUUGGUGAUCGUUCACGGGUGCACUUUCCAGUAAUUCCUCCAAGAGACACGAGAGAUCGAACCUCUAUAGAUCAAACACUAUUCCGUGGAUCCCGCUGUUCUUCCAAAGGCAAACGAGUCAUCAUGAAGAUCUCGGCUACUUUAUUGGUUUGCGCGAUGGCAUCGGCGGCGGCGGUGCCGCUCCAAGACACCCUGAAUGACGCUCGAUUGUUCCCUCGGAACAAGGACGCGGUUCCAGUUUCCACGGAACCCGGGAUUGUCACCGGCAAGGACGCGACGAAUCAGUCGACAAAAAAGCAAUCAGAGAAGACCGACAGUGGAACGAAAGAUUCGAAAUCCUCGUUGCUAGCCUCGAUUCAAGAUAAUAAUCAAGGCAAGCUUGAGGUUGGCCGUUUCUCAAAGCAAUCCAACGAAGUCAAAGCAACUAAGAAGAAUCGGAAGCAUAAAGCCAUCUUCGUCAAUUAUCCUCUCGUUUCACAGCUUCCAUUUUCUAACGUCCCCUACGACAUCGAUUAUCCCAGCAACAACUUCGAUACCGAAGAAAGAACCAUGUCGGAUCCGAAUAGAUACGAGGAAAGCAACAUCUUUUACAUCAGGCUACCACCCACGCCGUACAUGUUCGUGCCAGGUUUAGGCUAUAUCUCGCAACCGCCCACUUACUCCACAGCCAGCCUUCGGCCGCAUGUCCCGUACACGAGACCCGGAAGGCCGAAACCAAACUACCAGCAACCCGUUAACCCGUUCAUCAAGCUGCCCAUCGAUUUUGUGAGCAACGGGAAACCGACGUCGGUCUACCAAUGGCAAAAGAAGACGAACAAGAAACCAACGGACAGCCCAAUCACCAAUCUGGACAGCGUUUCGGCGGACUUUGUGAGCAAUGGGAAACCAACAUCGAUUUAUCAAUGGCAGGGCAAUUUAAAGCCGACCAAGAAACCAGCGGACGAUUUGGUCAACAAGUUGGACAAGGGCCCGUACACGUUUAAUGGCAAGCCUACCAGUUUCUUUCUGUUGAAGUCUGAUGGAACCGCAGGGGCACGUCAGGCUUUCCGGUACCCCGACUACCGGCAAGAUAAUUCCUACUAUUGAAGACACGGGGCAGUUAGUUGCUACCGAAACGUGGAACGAACCACGGCUACCUCGAAUCCUACAAAUCGUCGGUUUGAUUGCCGGAUGAUGAUGGAUUCGAGCGAAAGAGAUGAGAAGCGACGAGCGUAUGCACGAGAAAUGUGAAACGAGAGAGGAAUCGAUUCGCCAUUCUCGUUCGAAUCGUAUAACUGCGAGUGCCAGAGAAUCGUGAUGCUCGAUCGCUUAGAAAUUACACUCGCGCUUACGCUUCGUUCAGAUUAGUGCAUUUAUCUGAAUUCAGGCAACUUGAAGUUGUUUUCCUUGACUGAACUUGCAGCAUGCUAGAUUUCAGGGGGUAUACUAUCGGACUUUCAGAAAUCAAAGCCUCGUUUUUAAUUUUCUUACGGUGUUGAAAUAUCGCGUUAACGCGUCAUACUACUGACUUAUGUUACUAGAACGAAUGGAUUAUCUUGAAAGCUCUGUUAACGUUUUUCUCGAAAUUAUAUUUUUCACUCGAUCGUUAUGAAAUCUCCGCGUCGUCAAAAAUUAGAAAAUAGGUCUAUGUCAAUGUUAUCCUACAAGAUCUAAAUUCUUCAUUUUGUAGUUAUUUGUGAAAAGAUUCUCAAACUUAUCCGUAGCUUCUUCAAGAUAGUAUACCUUCUUGAAAUGUUCUUUCAAGUUUCUAAGCUUGUUCUUUAUUCAUUGAAUCGCCUGAAUUCAAGAAACUUGACCGGUCUGAACGGGAUUUGAAACAUGUAUAUUCGUACAGCGACAAGCUUUCGUAUUUACGGCUUUGAUAUAGAAGUUACACAGGCUGACUAGUGAUUUAUACUGUGUUACAUUUACAUCUAAGAGUAUAGGUUAUUACGCGUAUGAUUAUGUGGGAACCGUGGAGCCAGUUCCCUAAGACGGACUGUUAAAAAAUUUCAUCACGUCGAUGAUGGACGUCGUUGGCGUAGCUAAUACGAUCUCUUUAGUAGAGAUUUGUAUCUUUUUUUUCUCCUUAUACGUUGCUUUCAAGUUCGAUGCCUUGAUUGUACAAGGUACAGUGGUGGAAGUGCGUUUUAAAGUAGAGGGGAAGAGAUCGAGGAGAAAUAUCCCUGUAUGGUAAACGAGAAAUGAACGAUAAAGACCAGUGUGGAAGAUAAAACGACGUAGUGAGAAACGUAAACGUAACAGCCGUGAAGUUUUUCAUUUUUGCAGUUAAAUAUCUUCUGAUUUUCAUGUUGCGUUAAUUCAGUAUGCUGGUAUUGAUUCCACUCUGCAUAAUUAAGACGUAUCGCUGUGGUUGCUCGAGAUACAGACUCUAUUGCGAGUAGAUGUAUAAUUUUAAUUGUUACUCUUAAGUGUAUAGUUUCUAUUUAUAGAGUAUCAAUACUUAUAUGCGUCUAUCUAUACGUUAAUCAGUUAAAAAAUGCGUAUAUAUAAUUUAUAUAUAGCUAGCUGAUUAUGCAGAAGAAAUCAUGAUGACUAUUUGCUCAAGCACCAUUUAGGGUAAUUUAAUAUAUAACUAUCCAUUGUUUUAUAUCUUGAGUGAAACCAUGAUAUCACGAAGCAUUUAGUAUUAUAA